AUGGUUCACUGUUCAAAAUUGAUUGCAUUGCUUAAAGUGGUUGUGGCUACUAGCUUAUCAGUAGUCCUGGCUCAGGUCGGAAAAGUCAACAUCCCUCCCGGCUUCAAAACAGGAAACUGUCUUAGUGGUCGACUUGAAUUUAAUGAGAAGCGCAUAUUUCGACUUCACGGAGACGAAACCAAAAAAUACGAUGUUGAUCGUGCCGCGUACGAUUUUACUCAUAGCUAUGGAUCUAUGACGUACGGUACCAAUGGCAGCGCAAGCCUUAACCUAGUUAAGAACGCCGAUCCUUCCAAGCUAGCCGAUGGUGUAUUGGUUUCAACCACUCGGUAUUUAAGAUAUGGUAAAAUCACUGCCAAACUAAACCCCGCCAAAUCUCCAGGUAUUGUUACCACGCUUGUUACAUGGUCCGAUCGUCAGGCGCCUAUUCCCAAUAGUUCCGAGUAUACACAGGACGAAAUUGAUUGGGAGUUUCUUGGAAAGGAUGUUUCUCGCCCGGAAACCAAUGUUUUUACAUACAAGACAUCCAAACUAGAACGAGUUGAGUAUCUAUUUUUAGGACUGGGCUUGCAUGGUGGUCCAAUAGAUAGUGUUAUUUCUCCCGGUGCUCAUGAAUACACAAUCGAUUGGAAAAACGAUCGUAUUUUGUGGCAGGUUGAUGGCCGAACAGUAAAGACGCUUUUAAAGAGUGAGUCUCAUGGCCAGCCAGGCAGUUUGCCUCCAGGAGAGUUUUGGUUUCCCGAGUCUGCCUCGCGUGUUCAAGUGUCAAUUUGGGACGGUACUACUCAAGGUAGCUGGACAGGUGGACCCAUUCAGUACGAUCAAAACGGUAUUGUCUCGUCAGUCUAUGAGUAUAUUGAUAUUCAGUGCUAUGACGAUAAUAUGAACCCAGUCUCUACUUGGUCAACGGAUGGAACUGGUGCUGCUCAGCCUGAAGCACCACGAUCAACAGCUGCCACUGGUGUUUCAACUGGUGGAAACUCUGGCACUACAGGCACAAUUGUCACUUCUGGAUCAGCCAGCUCGCCAGGAUCAUCGUCUGCACCCAAGAAAUCUAAUGGCUCGUCUAUACAGUAUAGCAGUAUUGUUUCGGUGCUUGCUAUUAUAUCUGUUGGUGUUACGGCGCUUAUAACCUCGUAA